AUGGCAGAACCUGUCAUCACGUCCUUAUUGGACACUGACAUGUAUAAAAUUACCAUGCAUGCUGCAGUAUUUACGAAUUUUCCUGAUGCAGAAGUUGUUUACAAAUAUACCAAUAGAUCUUCCCAAAUGACUUUCAACCAGGAUGCUGUAGAUUGGCUCUAUGCACAAUUUAAAACGUUUCGGACAUUGACUUUCACUCAGGAAGAAAUCAAAUAUUUGAGAAAGGCCAUUCCGUACCUUCCUGAAACCUAUUUCAAUUAUAUCUCGGGUGAAGAUUUCAAGCUCUCCCCUGGAGAUGAGAUUAAUCUCUCAGUCAAAGAAAGUUCGCAACCGGGCCAUUAUGAUUUGGAUAUUCAUAUCAAGGGCCUAUGGAAAGAUAUGAUACUAUAUGAAAUCCCUGUUCUUGCCCUAGUAUCUGAGGCAUACUUCAAAUUUGUUGACACGGACUGGACUUAUGAUGGUCAGUUAGAGAAUGCAUAUGAGAAGGCCAAAAAACUUUUAAGCAAUGGAAUUGUUUUCAGUGAGUUCGGCAGCAGACGUAGAAGAUCUCUUAAUACACAAGAUUUGGUAAUGCAGGGUAUCAUGAAAGCUGUUGAAGAAUAUGGGGACGAAGGCAAGAAAUUGUUUCUAGGUUCUUCCAACGUUCUAUUCUCAAAGAAAUAUGGCGUUAAACCAAUUGGUACAGUUGCUCACGAGUGGAUGAUGGGCAUUGCUUCCAUCACGGGUGAUUAUUUGAGUGCCAAUAAGAAUGCCAUGGACUACUGGAUAAAAACAUUUGGUAAGGAGCACGCUGGUCUAGCUUUAACGGAUACUUUUGGGACCGAUGACUUCCUAAAAGCUUUUAAACCACCAUAUUCGGACUGCUACAUCGGUGUAAGACAAGAUUCUGGUGAUCCGGUAAAAUACACCGAAAAGAUUGCACACCACUACUAUGACGUUUUAAAAUAUCCAAAGUUUUCCAAAAUGAUAUGUUACUCCGACUCUCUUAAUCCAGACAAAGCUAUAGAAUAUGCGAAAGUUGCUAACGAUAAAGGACUAAAAGCGACCUUCGGGAUUGGUACCAAUUUCACGAAUGAUUUUGUGAAAAAAUCCAACCCAUCGCAGAAAAGUGAGCCUUUGAAUAUUGUGAUUAAACUAGUAGAAGUUAAUGGGAAUCACGCAAUCAAAAUUUCAGACAACUUGGGGAAAAAUAUGGGUGAUCCAGAGACAGUUCGCAAGGUGAAGAGAGAACUAGGCUAUACAGAGGCUACAUGGUCCGGUGACAAUGAGGCACACAGAUGGGCAGCAUAG